GACCUUGAUGCGGAUCUUCAGCUUCAGGCUUUUAAAAGUUGAGACACGUCUGAGGUAACGAAGCAGCUGUUUAAAUCACAUUUAAAGUUCGGUAAACGAAAGAUAAACGUUAGCUUAACUUCGCUAACACGCUGCGGAGAGCUCGGUGUCGCCGUGAAGCUAAUCAGCUAAUUAGCUAGCAAGUUGUAAAUAGUAGUUGCUGCUGACUGGAGGACCCUCAGCUAGCUAGCCUAGCUUAGUUUAGCUUAAUCUCAGCUUCUCUGCCUCCUCAAGACACACAUCAAAUCUGGUAACGUUAAAUACAAGGUUUGACCCUGUGGACACCCGGCAGUGGGAAUAACCAGAGCUGAUCCUGCACUGCUGACUGUUGCACUGGGAGGACUUGUGAUGGGGCACAGGGUUGUCCGCGGGGUUCUGCGGCCUCGUCCCGCCCAGCUCAUGAUGCCACUGCUGCUCCUCAUCGUUCUGCUGGCGGCUGUUUGGGCGGAGAGUCAAGACUACUACAGUCUGCUGGGAGUCAACAGGGAGGCAACGACCAGAGAGAUACGACAGGCUUUCAAGAAGCUGGCGCUCACCAUGCACCCCGACAAAAACCCUGGUGACGCCUCAGCUCAUGAGAAGUUCCUGAAGGUGAACCGAGCGUACGAGGUUCUGAAGGACGAAGACCUCAGGAAGAAAUAUGAUAAAUAUGGAGAGAAGGGGCUGGACGAGCAGCAGCAGGGAGGACGCUACGAGAGCUGGAACUACUACAGAUAUGACUUUGGUAUCUAUGACGAUGAUUUGGAGAUCAUCACGCUGGACAGCGGGGACUUUGAGGCAGCAGUGAACUCUGGAGAAAUCUGGUUCAUCAACUUCUAUUUCCCACGAUGCUCACAUUGUCACCAGCUGGCACCGACGUGGAGGGAGUUUGCCAAAGAGAUGGACGGAGUCAUCAGGAUUGGAGCGGUGAACUGUGGAGACAACAACCAUCUGUGCAGGAGUAAAGGCAUCAACAGCUACCCCAGUCUGUUUAUCUUCAGAGCAGGACAGAGACCAGAGAAGUUUAAUGGGGAACGUUCUAAAGACAACUUGGUCCGCUUCUCCAUGAAGUUCAUCACAACCACCGUCGCUGAGCUCUGGCAAGGUAACGUGUUCAGUGAGAUAGAGAAUGCGUUCUCGUUGGGGCUCGGCUGGCUGAUCACCUUCUGCUCUGACACUGGAGAUUGCCUGGAGCCAAGAACAAGACAGAAGUUGGCAGGGAUGUUGGAUGGUCUAGUUAAGGUGGGAUGGAUGGACUGCACCACACAGGAACAGCUCUGUGACAGUUUCCAGGUGACCAGCGGAGCGACUGCUUUGUUCCCACCUGGAAGUACCCUGGAUCAAAAAGGCGGUGUCCUGUGGCUGAAAACUUUGGACAGUAAAGAGAUUUACAAUCAGGUCAUCAACCACCUGCCUGAUCUGGAACUCCUGACCAGUGAGAGCUUCCAGAGGAAACUGGCCCAUCAUCGCUGGUUGGUGAGUUUUACAUUUGGUGACAGAAGCCCCGCCUCCAACGAGUACAAGAAGCUGCAAGCUUUCCUCCGAAACGACCACAUACAGGUCGGCAGAGUCGACUGUGUCGCAGACUCGAAGCUGUGUCAGUCUCUCUACAUCCAUAAAUCCUGUGUAGCCGUGUUCAAAGGACUGGGAAUCCAUGACUUUGAGAUCCACCACGGUAAAGAUGUGUUGUACAACAUUGUGGGUUUUGCGAGGGACAGCGUUCGCGCUCACGUGACGACUCUGAGACCUGACAACUUUCCCUCAGACAGGAAGGAACCGUGGCUGGUUGACUUCUUUGCUCCGUGGUGUCCUCCAUGUCGAGCCUUACUGCCUGAACUGAGGAAAGCUUCCAUCCAGUUGGCUGGACAAAUGAAGUUUGGUACUCUGGACUGUACCAUCCACCACAACCUCUGCUCCAUGUAUAAUAUUCAGGCGUAUCCCACUACCGUCAUCUUCAACGGCUCCUCUGUUCAUGAAUAUGAAGGACAACACUCAGCUGACGGCAUCCUGGAGUUUAUACAGGAUCUGGUCAAUCCAUCUGUGGUGGUCCUGGAUCCUUCCAGCUUUGCUGAGAGAGUUAAAGGUCGAGCUGAGGGGCAGAUCUGGGCGGUGGAUUUCUAUGCUCCGUGGUGCGGUCCCUGUCAGGCUCUGAUUCCAGAGUGGAGACGCAUGGCCAGGAUGCUGUCAGGUCAGAUCCUGGUCGGUUCAGUCGACUGUCAGCGGUUUCAGUCCUUCUGUCAGGGUCAGAGUGUGAGGGCGUACCCUGAAAUCCGCCUGUACACCGGCAGCACCCGGCAGCCAGAUCGCUACAUGAGUUAUAAUGGUUGGCACAGAGAUUCCCAUUCACUCAGGUUAUGGGCACUGAGUUCUUUACCCAGAGCAUCGGUGGACCUCACUCCAGAGUCCUUCAGGUCUCAGGUUCUGUCAAGUCAGGAUCACUGGGUUGUGGAUUUCUACGCUCCCUGGUGUGGACCCUGUCAACACUUCGCCCCAGAGUUUGAAGUCUUGGCUCGGAUUCUUAAAGGGGAGGUUCGAGCAGGGAAGGUGGACUGUCAGGCUCAUUAUCAGACCUGUCAAGCAGCUGGAAUCACCGCCUACCCAACUGUCAGAUUCUACCCCUACCUGGGAACAAGGAGGUAUGAACACAGCGGAGAAUAUAUCAAUAGCCGGGAUGCUAACGUGAUUGCUGACAUCAUCAGACAGCGGCUACAAAAGGUGUCGCCACAGUUACACAAAAAGGAUGAGCUCUGAUAAUCUGUGGGCGCUGCCGCGACAAAGACCAGUGAUUUGAUUGGUCAGGGAGGGACAUAGGUGAAUUUGAUUGGUCCGGCACAAAGAUCGAUCAGUCAACACUCCUUGUGAAGACCACAGCUGUAACACAGAGACAGACGGACUGUUACCUGCUGUGUGUUGAAUGUACUGAACACUUCUGCCUUGUUUUUAUUUGUUUUUAUUUCUGUCUCCAUCGUUUGUAUUUACUCUAUGAAGUAAAACUGUGGGACACUGCAUACUGGACAUGUUACUGACACGCACACACUAUGGUAAAUCCUUUAACUGAACGUUUAAUUUUUUACAACACAAGUGGAAAUUACAUUUUUGACAUGAAGACAUGUUAAUUUAAGAUAUCUGUAAAUCAGUUUUGACAUGUUACAAAUAUAUUUUCACAUGUUGAAAUUACACUCCGACUGGUCAAAACUGAUUCACAGAUAUCUUUAAUUUAAUUAUAGAUAUCAAUAGUUAUGUUUGUACUAAGUCAAGUCAGUAUUAUUGAUACAGCACGUUCCAAAACAACAGCAGUUGAUUGUAUGGGGUCUGGGAUCUGCCUCAAUACAGUUUAUUUAAAAAAAAAAGGAACAUAAAAAGCAAUAAUAUGUAUAGUAUUACAAUAACAGAGCGAAGACAAGACUUAAACAAAAGAGUAAGAACAACGUUUUCAGAUGUCUACAAUUAAAAAAAGACGGACCGGUUCUACCAUUUUUUUCCCCUCUAAAUGUUUUUCUUUUUGGGAGUUUUUCGUAAUCCGCUGUGAGGGUCCAAAGCUAGAGAGAUGUUUUAUGCUAUAAAGCCCUCUGAGGCAAAUUAUAAUUUGUGAAAUUGGAAUUUAUGAAUAAAAUCAAAACUUGAAUUUACUUGAAAUUAUAAAAAGGGACUGUAGAUAUCGUAAUUGUUACUAGUACGAAUGUCAUUUUCACUUGUUAGAAUUCUAUUUCAGAUAUCUGAAAUUACAUUACCAGUUACAAUUCCAGGCUGACAAAUCAAUAAUUUACUUUGACUUGUCAGAAUUGAAUUUUUACUUUUCUAGAAUUUCAUUUAUGAUAUCUGCAAUGUAAGAACAUAUGUAGAUAUCCACAGUGAACAUCACCACAAGUGACAACUUAGCUGUAGACAUCAUUAAUUAGAACUUCAACUAGUCAGCAUGUCAAAAAUUAAUUAUAGAUAUCUGCUACUGAGUUUGGAUAGGAGUCAAUGGUUAAAGUUGACAAGUUGUAAUUAAGUUACAGAUGUCUAUGGAAAAAUAAUUCCACUAGUAAGAAAUAAAUUGCAGAUAUCUUUGAAUCUAUUUCUGCUAGUCAAAAUCAAAGUAUGGAUAUGUCGACUUGGAAUUCUGUCAACUGUAGAAAAAAGCAACUGUUGAUAUCCACUGAUUACUGCUACUGAUUAAAUGUUAAAGGGCUUACCAUACACACACACAGACACACACACACACACACACAUGGAGCCUGAUGUUGACACAGUGUUGUAUUUUAUUGUUCAUGUAGAAACUGUUGGAG